UCAAUUAAAGAGACACACAACAAUGGACAGGCGACAACGCAAACUGACUUUUUUGUAAUGCAAAUGUAUUACUCUUUUGAACGAAUAUUGUUUUGAGAAGCAAAACGCUUCACUUAAUGAUGCAUUUUUAAAUAGGUCAUAGUGAACCACGAAACAUCAUGAUUUAUUCAUUUGUAUAUUCUUGAAAAAUAUAGUAAAGCUGUGACAUCCAAAGCACUAAGUGGAGAGCUAGUUUCUAAUGCAAAAGUUGCCAGGUAUGUAUGGAUGGAAGCCUCCUUGUGAUGCUCCUCAGCACUGGCGGAUGAAUGCAAAUGCAUCUUAUCAAGCCUGGUGUCAUGCAGCCUGCAGGAGGUGAUGAUAGUCGUGUUUGCAGCGCCCAACAGCAACUCCAGGAGUCUUCUCCUUCAGGAAUGUGGGUUAGUCCUGUAGACCGUUACUACCCCCUCCUCCUCCACCUCCAGCCCUCUCUCUCUUUUUCUCUCUCUCUUUUACUCCCUCACUGUCCCCUCCCCUUAUCCCAAACAGGGAAUUCUUCAACUUUUCUCCACAUUUUUUUUCUGCUCACAAAGCUGCAGUUGAAGAUUCCAUCCUUGGUGUGCGUAUAUCUCCUGUGUGAAACGCUGGGCUCCUCGACGUCAACGUGCUGCGAUUGUGAAGCCCCGGCUGUGGAGUGCACACCAGGACUUGGUCUGGAUCCAGGUCUAGAUCCAGGUCUAGAUUGCUCAGCCUGGGUCCAAACGGUGAUCUGAGAAUCAGGAAGGGAACGGUACAAGACUCGUGUUUCAUUCGGAGGGAUCGCAGGACUGACAAAUGGGAUCAGGGAAGCUGGCCCGGGUGCUGCUGGGAUGGGUGGCGCUGUGUCUGGCGCCCGCCCAGGUGGCGUACGGCCAGACUGGGAACGGGAACGGGGCGCCGCUCCAGGCUAGCCGCUUCACCACCGCCACGGACCAAAGAGAAGUGCAGCGGGUUCGACGUCGUGGCCAGGAGACACUGAGAGGGCCCAACGUGUGUGGCUCUCGCUUCCACUCGUACUGCUGUCCUGGCUGGAAGACUCUGCCAGGAGGGAACCAAUGUAUUGUCCCGAUUUGCAGGAACUCCUGUGGCGAUGGCUUCUGUUCCAGACCCAACAUGUGUACCUGCUCCAAUGGACAGCUCUCUUCCAGCUGUGGCGCUGGAGGAGGAGUUCAGUCAUGUAAUGUUAGAUGCAUGAAUGGAGGCAGUUGUGCUGAGGACUCCUGUUCCUGCCCCAAAGGCUACACGGGCAACCACUGUGGACAACCUGUGUGCGAGAAUGGCUGCCAGAACGGCGGGCGAUGCAUCGGCCCCAACAGAUGCGCUUGUGUCUACGGCUUUACAGGCCCUCAGUGUGAGAGAGACUACAGGACCGGGCCAUGCUUCACGCAGGUGAACAACCAGAUGUGUCAGGGCCAGCUCAGUGGAAUCGUGUGCACCAAGACGCUCUGCUGCGCCACCAUCGGGCGAGCCUGGGGUCAUCCUUGCGAGCAGUGCCCGGCACAGCCGCAUCCGUGCAGACGGGGCUUCAUUCCCAACAUCCGCACCGGAGCCUGCCAAGACGUGGACGAGUGUCAAGCAGUGCCGGGUCUCUGUGCCGGAGGGAACUGCAUCAACACCGUGGGAUCCUACGAGUGUAAAUGCCCCGCUGGCCACCGUCAGAGUGAAACUAGCCACAAAUGCGAAGACAUUGACGAAUGCAGCACCAUCCCCGGCGUGUGCGAUGGCGGCGAGUGCACCAACACGGCCGGCAGUUACGUCUGCACCUGCCCGCGAGGUUACAUCUCCAGCACCGACGGCUCCAGAUGCGUGGACCAGCGCGUGGGCACCUGUUUCUCCGCCCUGGCCAACGGUCGAUGUGCAGCAGAGCAGACGGGCCAGUUCACCAAGAUGCAGUGUUGCUGCGACACCGGCCGCUGUUGGGCGUUGGGGCAGAUCCCUGAGAUGUGCCCAGUGAGAGGCUCUGACGAAUUCCGUCGUUUGUGCAUCGUGGGCCUUCCUCAGGGACACGGCCCCCCGAACGGCUACCCCAAUGGACACUUCCCCGGCAACAACGGCUACGGGUACAAGUUCCCCGGUAUGCCUAACGGGAACGGAGGUAUCGGCGGCAACGGUGGAGGUGGCUUCGGCGGCAACGGAGGAAGCUUCGGAGGCAACGGAGGAGGUUUCGGAGGGAAUGGAGGCAACGGAGGCGGCUUUGGCGGGAAUGGAGGAACGUUUGGAGGCAAUGGAGGAGGACAUAUAACCCACCCAAUAGGCACCGUCACGGUGAAUGACACCAUCGAUAUCUGCAAGCACUUCACCAAUCUGUGUCUGAAUGGUCGCUGCAUUCCCACACCCACGAGUUACCGCUGUGAGUGCAACAUGGGCUACAAGCAGGAUGUCCGCGGGGAGUGUAUUGACGUGGAUGAAUGUGUGAGUAACCCGUGCAUCAAUGGUGACUGUGUGAACACCCCGGGCUCAUAUCACUGCAAAUGCCACGAGGGCUACCAGGGAACACCCACCAAGCAAGCCUGCAUCGAUAUCGAUGAGUGUAUUGUCAACGGGGUGAUGUGCCGCAAUGGCCGCUGCGUCAACACAGAGGGAAGCUUCCAGUGUAUCUGCAAUGCUGGCUUUGAGCUCACGCCUGAUGGCAAGAACUGCAUUGAUCACGAUGAAUGUGCCACCACCAACAUGUGUCUCAAUGGCAUGUGUAUCAAUGAAGACGGCAGUUUUAAGUGCAUCUGUAAGCCCGGCUUUGCCCUCGCACCCAAUGGACGCUACUGCACUGACAUUGACGAGUGUCAGACUCCCGGAAUUUGCAUGAACGGCCGCUGCAUCAACUCUGAGGGCUCCUUCCGCUGCGAGUGCCCGCCUGGCUUGGCCAUUGACGUGGACGGUAGAGUGUGCGUGGACACACACAUGAGGACCACAUGUUACGGCGCCAUCAAGAUGGGCACGUGCUCGCGUCCCUUCCCCGGAGCGGUGACCAAGUCUGAGUGCUGCUGCGCCAACCCCGAACACGGAUUUGGAGAACCGUGCCAGCCGUGCCCGUCCAGAAACUCAGCUGAGUUCCAGGCUGUGUGCAGCAGCGGUAUUGGCAUCACAGCUGAUGGCAGAGACAUCAACGAGUGCGCCCUGGACCCAGACAUUUGUCAGAACGGCAUAUGCGAGAAUCUGAGAGGAAGUUACCGUUGCAUCUGUAACAUCGGCUACGAGUCGGACACCAGCGGCAAAAACUGUGUUGACAUCAAUGAAUGUUUGGUGAACCGCCUGCUUUGCGACAACGGCCUGUGCCGAAACACUCCUGGCUCGUACACGUGCUCCUGUCCUAAAGGUUUUGUCUUCAAGCCAGAGUCAGAGACAUGUGAAGAUAUCAACGAGUGCGAGUCGAACCCGUGCGUCAACGGAGUCUGUCGCAACGUGGUUGGGUCCUUCAACUGUGAGUGCACCCACGGGAGCAAGCUGGACUCUACCAACACCAUCUGUGUGGAUAGCAUGAAGAGCACCUGCUGGCUGACCGUACAGGACAACCGCUGCGAGGUCAACAUCAACGGCGCCACGCUCAAGUCCGAGUGCUGCUCCACAUUGGGAGCCGCCUGGGGAAGCCCCUGUGAGCCCUGCGAGAUCGACACAGCCUGUUCUCGAGGAUUCGCUCGCAUGAAAGGUGUUGUCUGUGAAGACAUUAACGAGUGUGAGGUGUUCCCCGGAGUGUGUACAAACGGUCGCUGCUUGAACACUCAGGGUUCCUUCCGCUGCGAAUGCGCCGAGGGUCUGACUCUGGACAGUACGGGACGCACAUGCGUGGACAUGCGAAGCGAGCAGUGCUACAUGAAGUGGCACGAGGACGAAUGCGGCGAGCCCCUGCCUGGGCGCUACCGAGUGGACAUGUGCUGCUGCUCCGUGGGGGCCGCCUGGGGGGUCGACUGCGACGAGUGCCCCAAACCCAGCUCACCCGAGUACAGAGCCAUCUGUCCCAGAGGACCUGGUUUUGCUAACAGGGACAUUCUGACUGGCCGGCCUUUCUACAAAGACGUGAACGAGUGUAAAGUCUUCCAGGGUCUGUGCACUCACGGAACAUGCCGGAACACCAUCGGAAGUUUCAAGUGUCACUGCAACAGCGGCUUUGCCCUGACGGCCGAGGAGAGAAACUGCACAGACAUCGACGAGUGUCGCAUCUCCCCGGACUUGUGUGGCCACGGCGCUUGCGUCAACACGCCCGGCAGCUUUGAGUGCGAAUGCUUCGAAGGCUACGAGAGCGGAUUCAUGAUGAUGAAGAACUGCAUGGACAUCGACGAAUGCGAGCGAAACCCCCUGUUGUGUCGUGGAGGGACCUGUCUCAACACGGAAGGCAGUUACGAGUGCGAAUGUCCACCGGGACACUCGCUGAGCAGUGACGAGUCCGCCUGUGAAGACGUCAACGAGUGCCAGCUGAGUGACAACUUGUGUAAGAACGGUCAGUGUGUAAACAUGCCAGGAACCUACCAGUGCUCCUGCGACACCGGCUACCAGGCCACCCCAGACAGACAAGGCUGUGUCGAUAUCGAUGAGUGCACCAUCAUGAAUGGAGGCUGUGAGACCCACUGCACCAACUCGGAGGGCAGCUAUGAGUGCAGCUGCAGCGAAGGCUACGCUCUCAUGCCCGACCUCAGGACUUGUUCAGAUAUCGACGAGUGCGAGGAGACUCCGGACAUCUGCGACGGAGGCCAGUGCACCAACAUUCCCGGGGAAUACCGCUGCCUGUGCUAUGACGGCUUCAUGGCUUCCAUGGACAUGAGGACCUGCAUCGAUGUGAACGAGUGUGAUUUGAACCCGAACAUCUGUCUCCAUGGCGACUGCGAAAACACCAAAGGCUCCUUCAUCUGCCAUUGCCAGCUGGGAUACUUUGUCAAGAAGGGAUCCACGGGAUGCACAGAUAUCGACGAGUGCGAGAUCGGCGCUCACAACUGUGACAUGCACGCCGCUUGCAUCAACGUUCCCGGGAGCUUCAAGUGUCGCUGCCGAGACGGCUGGGUGGGAGAUGGCAUCAAGUGUGUGGAUCAGGAUGAGUGCGCUGCAGAGGACCACAACUGCAACCCCAAUGCGGACUGCGUCAACACGCCAGGUUCUUACAGGUGCGCGUGCAAGGAGGGCUUCAAUGGGGACGGCUUUUCUUGCUCGGACAUGGAUGAGUGUGCUGACAACGUCAACCUGUGUGAGAACGGACAGUGUCUCAACGCUCCGGGAGGUUACCGCUGCGAGUGCGAGAUGGGAUUCACGCCGACAGAAGACAGCAAGGCCUGUCAAGACAUAGACGAGUGUAAUUUCCAGAACAUUUGCGUGUUCGGAACGUGCCAGAACCUUCCAGGAAUGUUCCGUUGCGUGUGCGACGACGGUUAUGAACUGGAUCGUAGCGGAGGAAACUGCACCGACAUCAACGAGUGCGCCGACCCGGUCAACUGCAUCAACGGGCUGUGUGUGAACACUCCUGGAAGUUACCUGUGCAACUGCCCGGCCGACUUUGAACUCAACCCCACGGGUGUCGGCUGCGUAGAUACCCGCGUGGGCAACUGCUUCUUGGAUAUCCUAGCCCGCGGCGACGGAGGAAUCUCCUGCAGCGCCGAGAUCGGAGUGGGCGUGACCAGAGCUUCGUGUUGCUGUUCCCUAGGAGGAGCCUGGGGGAACCCUUGUGAACUGUGCCCUGCACCUAACUCGACGGAAUAUAGGACCCUUUGUCCCGGGGGUGAGGGCUUCAGACCCAACCCCAUCACUGUCAUCCUGGAAGAUAUCGAUGAGUGCCAGGAGCUUCCGGGUCUCUGCCAGGGUGGAAACUGUGUCAACACCUUUGGGAGCUUCCAGUGUGAGUGCCCUGCAGGUUACUACCUCAAUGAGGAGACUCGCAUCUGUGAAGAUAUUGACGAAUGCACCACCCACAUUGGCAUCUGCGGACCUGGCACUUGCUAUAACACCCUGGGCAACUACACGUGUGUGUGCCCCCCCGAGUACAUGCAGGUCAACGGAGGCAACAACUGCAUGGACAUGAGGAAGAGCGUGUGUUACCGCAACUUCAACGACACGUGCGAGAACGAGCUGUCCUUCAACAUGACCAAGAAGAUGUGCUGCUGUGCUUAUAACGUGGGCAAAGCCUGGAACAAGCCCUGCGAGGCGUGUCCCACUCCUGCUACCUCCGAGUAUCAGCUGCUUUGUGGUAACCAGGCGCCCGGCUUCAUCAUCGACAUCCACACCGGCAAGCCAGUUGAUAUCGAUGAGUGCAGGGAAAUUCCCGGCAUCUGUGCCAAUGGCGUGUGCAUCAACCAGAUCGGUAGCUUCCGCUGUGAAUGUCCGAUGGGCUUCAGCUACAACAACAUACUCCUCAUUUGUGAAGAUAUUGACGAGUGCAACAGCGGGGACAACCUGUGCCAACGCAACGCCAACUGCAUCAACAUCCCGGGCAGUUAUCGCUGCGAGUGCUCGCCGGGCUUCAAGCUCUCCCCCAGCGGGGCCUGCGCGGACCGCAACGAAUGCCAAGAGAUCCCUAACGUGUGCAGCCACGGGGAGUGUAUCGACACCCAGGGAAGUUACCGCUGCCUCUGCCACAACGGCUUCAAGGCCACUGCGGACCAGACCAUGUGCAUGGACAUCGAUGAAUGCGACCGGCAGCCGUGUGGCAACGGUACCUGUAAGAACACGGUCGGGUCCUACAACUGCCUUUGCUUCCCCGGAUUCGAGCUGACGCACAACAAUGACUGCAUGGAUAUCGACGAGUGCAGUGCCCUGCAGGGUCAAGUGUGCAGGAAUGGCCAGUGUAUCAACGGGCUGGGGUCCUUCCAGUGUCUCUGCCUGGAAGGUUAUGAGAAUACCCCCGAUGGGAAGAACUGUGCCGAUAUCAACGAGUGUGUGAGUCUGCCCGGCACGUGCUCCCCGGGUACUUGUCAGAACUUGGAUGGAUCCUUUAGAUGUAUUUGUCCUCCGGGCUACGAGGUGCAGAAUGACCAGUGCAUUGAUAUCAACGAAUGUGAGGUGGAGCCAAACCUCUGCCAGUUUGGCACUUGCACCAACACCCCCGGCAGCUUCCAGUGCACCUGCCAGCCGGGCUUCGUACUCUCCGACAACAAACGGCGCUGCUACGACACCCGGGAGAGUUUCUGUUUCACUAAAUUCGAGGCAGGAAAGUGUUCCGUUCCCAAAGCGUUCAACACCACCAAGGCCAAGUGCUGCUGCAGCAAGAUGCCUGGGGAGGGCUGGGGGCUGCCCUGCGAGCUGUGCCCCCGAGAGACCGAAGCUGCUUUUAACACUCUGUGUCCCUACGGCCACGGAGCACUUCCCGGACCAGGCAACGCUCGGGAAGAUAUGAACGAGUGUCUGGAUAACCCCGGCAUCUGCCAGAAUGGGAUCUGCAUCAACACUGAUGGUUCCUUCCGCUGCGAAUGCCCCUUUGGAUACAACUUGGACUACACUGGAGUUAACUGUAUUGACACUGACGAGUGCUCUAUCGGAAACCCGUGUGGAAACGGAACCUGCACCAAUGUGGUCGGAGGCUUCGAGUGUUCGUGCCAGGAAGGCUUUGAACCCGGACCCAUGAUGACCUGUGAAGACGUCAACGAGUGCUCCAAGAAUCCUCUGCUAUGCGCCUUCCGCUGCGUCAACACCUUCGGCUCCUACGAGUGCAUGUGCCCCGCCGGCUACGUGCUGCGAGACGACCAGCGCAUGUGUCGAGACCAGGAUGAGUGUUCCGAGGGUCUGGAUGACUGUGACUCGAAGGGUAUGACCUGUAAGAACCUGAUCGGGACCUUCAUGUGUAUUUGCCCCCCGGGCAUGCAGCGCCGCCCCGAUGGAGAGGGAUGUAUGGACCUGAACGAAUGCAGAGCCAAGCCUGGCAUUUGUAAGAACGGACGUUGCGUCAACACGGUGGGAAGCUACCGCUGCGACUGCAACGACGGCUUUGAGCCCAGCUCCACCGGAACAGAGUGCAUUGACAACCGCAAAGGCUUCUGUUACAUGGAGGCCCUCCAGACGAUGUGCCAGCAGUCGUCCACCAACAGGAACAGCGUGACCAAGUCCGAGUGCUGCUGCAAUACGGGUCGAGGCUGGGGCUCGCAGUGUGAGCUCUGUCCUCUUCCUGGCACCGUCCAGUACAAGAAGAUGUGUCCUCUUGGACCCGGGUACACCACAGAUGGAAGGGAUAUCAACGAGUGUCAGGUGAUUCCAGACCUGUGUCGGAACGGUCAGUGUAUCAACACCAUCGGAUCCUUCCGCUGCCACUGCAACAUCGGAUACAAGACAGACUUCACCGCUACUUCCUGUGUCGACUUGGAUGAGUGCACGCUGUCGCCCAAGCCGUGUAACUUCCUGUGUAAGAACACGGAGGGAAGCUACCUCUGCUCCUGUCCUCGAGGGUACAGCCUGCAGCCUGACGGAAAGACCUGCAAAGAUCUGGAUGAAUGUUCAACCAAGCAGCACAACUGCCAGUUCCUUUGCGUCAACACCAUCGGGGGCUUCACCUGCAAGUGUCCACCUGGAUUCACGCAGCAUCAAACAGCCUGCAUCGACAACAACGAGUGCACGGCUCAGAGCAGCGUGUGCGGCGCACAGGCCGCUUGCGUCAACACGCCGGGUAGCUUCAACUGCGAGUGCUCCAAAGGCUUCUCCCUGGACACCACCGGUCUGGAGUGUGAGGAUGUGGACGAGUGCAGCAGUAACCACCGCUGUCAACAUGGCUGCCAGAACAUGCUGGGCGGAUACCGCUGCGGCUGUCCUCAAGGCUACGUGCAGCACUACCAGUGGAACCAGUGUGUGGAUGAAAACGAGUGCCAGUCAGGCUCCAUGUGUGGCUCCGCCUCCUGCUACAACACCCUGGGCAGCUACAAGUGCGUGUGUCCGUCCGGCUUCGACUUUGAGCAGUCUGCCGGCGGCUGCCAGGAUGUGAACGAGUGCUCGCAGGGCAGCAACCCCUGCAUCUACGGCUGCUCCAACACAGACGGAGGAUACCUGUGUGGAUGUCCUGGGGGAUUCUACCGGGCCGGUCAGGGCCAUUGUUUAUCGGGCUCAGGCUUCCCGGGCCAGUUUGGCGUGGACGGUGAGGACGACGAUAGCCUGUCUCCUGAGGCGUGCUACGAGUGUAAGAUCAACGGAGGAAAGAACGGACGACACAAACGCAACGCUGAUGAAAACCGGCUGGAGCAGGAGGCGGUGAGCCUGGCCAGCGUGGACACCCAAGCCUCCAUCCCCAUGAACGUCUCCCUGGCCUCGCUCCUCAACAAGGAGCCCCUUCUGGAGCUCCUCCCCGCCCUGCAGCCUCUGGAGCACCACGUGCGCUACGUCAUCACCCACGGCAACGCCGACGAACACUUCCGCCUGCUGGAGCGCCGCGACGGAAAGAGCGUGCUGCGGCUCGGCAAGAGGCCGCCACCCGCCGGGUCUUACCGGCUGGACAUCGCCAGCCUGCCUCUGUUCGGGCCCCGCAGACGACACCAGCUGGAGGAGCAGCACGACAUGGACUACCGACAAGGGGAGAUAGGGGACGCCCUGCGCAUCAAGCUCCACAUCCACCUGCACUGAGCGCACCCUCUCCCCCACUCCCCCCUGAACUGACCCCCAUUUGAGUGCUAACCUGCCCUUGUAGCCAGCAGAGCGUCAUCAAGGGCGACCAAAGACUGAGUCCAUCAGCCCAUCUCCAUCACCACUUUAUGUUUGUAUAUGUUCAUGUUUUGUGAUGUUUCAUUUUCCAUCCUUCCUGUGAGCAGACCUCCUGUGGAGCACAUUGCCGCCACACCAACAGCUCGGACCGCUGACCAAAACAUAAACAAGACGUAACGGCACACACGUCCAUCGAGCACUUUUGUACGCAAGCAAGUCCAAAAAAAAACAUGAGGAAAAAAGUGCUUUGUUGCCAAUGUUGCCAUCCUGCGUGCCUUUGGAGUCCAGCAUUGAAACGUUCUCAUCGGAUCCUCAUCACUCACCUGAGGCCUCUCUUCUCAUCCUUCUCAUCCUUCUCAUCCAUCAAUCCGUCAAUGAACGAAUGCUGGGUGUUGAACUCGGCUCCAACACUUUUACACCAUUUCCUCAGCAGUAGACGUGGAA